CACAAUGCAGCGCGGCUUUGAAAACAACACUUCGCCAUUUCAGGCUCAGGGGGGCAGAGCUUGAACUCCUGUUAGCGAGGGAUUUAGGUCAACUGAAACCGAGGCACGACUGUGGCACCUUCUUGCUCGUAAACUCCGUUUAGUUGUGUUUUUUACCGUUUGGGAAAGGGCCUGCGAUUGAACUCCGAUGCUUGUUAUUUUCCUGGCCCGAAUGAUAUUUUCCAGCGUGGGCCCAGGUUGAGCUGUCAUCUUAGUUGUCAGAUUUUCCUGCUAGCAAGCUAGCUGAGUGUAAACAAGGAUGAAGAGGAUAAAAGGCCCCAAGGAGGAGGGCAACGUCUCCCCCAGUAUGAGUCCACCCGAGGCUCGCAAGAAAGUUCAGAAACCGUCGAGCCCGUCUUCGGAGUCAAGCGGUUUAUCGGAGUCAAGCGGUUCACUAGAUGCCAACUGGGCUCGUCUGCCCCAGGAGCUUUUGCUGCACAUCUUCCAGUACCUCCCUCUGCUGGACCGGGCCUUUGCCUCGCAAGUGUGCCGCGGUUGGAACCAGGCAUUCCACAUGCCCGAGCUAUGGCGCUGCUUUGAAUUUGAGCUCAACCAGCCGGCCAGCUCAUACUUGAAAGCUACACACCCGGAUUUGAUCAAGCAGAUAAUCAAGAGGCACUCCAACCACUUGCAAUAUGUCAGCUUCAAGGUGGACAGCAGCACCGAGUCUGCAGAGGCAGCCUGUGACAUUCUUUCACAGUUGGUGAACUGCUCACUCAAGACCUUGGGGCUCAUCUCAACAGCCAGGCCCAGUUUCAUGGAGGUCCCAAAGUCUCACUUCAUCUCAGCGCUGACGGUGGUGUUCGUCAACUCCAAGUCGCUGUCGUCGCUGAAGAUCGACGACACGCCGGUAGACGACCCGUCGCUGAAGGUGUUGGUGGCCAACAACAGCGACACGCUCAAGCUGCUCAAGAUGAGCAGCUGCCCUCACGUCUCGCCUGCCGGUAUCCUGUGUGUGGCGGACCAGUGCCACGGGCUGCGUGAGCUGGCGUUGAACUACCACCUCCUGAGCGACGAGCUCCUAUUGGCUCUGUCCUCGGAGAAGCACGUGCACCUGGAGCACCUGCGCAUCGACGUGGUGAGCGAGAACCCGGGCCAGCAUUUCCACACCAUCAAGAAGAGCAGCUGGGACGCCAUGGUGCGGCACUCGCCCAAGUUCAACCUGGUCAUGUACUUCUUCCUGUACGAGGACGAGUUUGGGCCCUUCUUCAACGACGAGAUCCCCGUCACGCAUCUCUACUUCGGGCGCUCCGUCAGUAAAGAAGUGCUGGGCCGCGUGGGCCUGCACUGCCCCCGCCUGGUGGAGUUGGUCGUGUGCGCCAACGGCCUGCGACCGCUGGACGAGGAACUGAUCCGCAUCGCCAAGCGCUGCACGCAGCUGUCAGCCAUCGGCCUGGGAGAAUGCGAGGUGUCCUGCAGCGCCUUCGUGGAGUUUGUCAAGAUGUGUGGACGCCGCCUGUCGCAGCUCUCCAUCAUGGAGGAGGUGCUCAUCCCUGAUCACAAAUAUUCCCCGGACGAGAUCCACUGGGAGGUCUCCAAGCACCUCGGCCGGGUUUGGUUCCCGGACAUGAUGCCCACCUGGUAGGGGGCGACGGGAUUUUUUUGUCGCCGCACGGCUGCUGGAAAUUAUUCCAAGGAGGAGAUCAGCGCACAAUUGCACUAGCACUAAAAUGGCCAACACCGCAUUCAGGUGGGGAGGGCUUUUGGAAUUAAUUAGCUGAAGAUGGAAUCGGAACCAGGACAGACAGAAAUGUGUAAAUACGUCCGUAUUUGUCCCGUGAAGUUGUACAGUGUCCAUCGACGGUUAACGUUUUCAUUUUCUUGCUGUUUUUUUUUUUCCUUUGGCUUUUGUUGUUUUUUGUACAAGUGAAUUUUCCCUUAAGCACCUUAUGGCAAUACCAAAUGAUCCUAGCAGGAAGAGCGGUGGUCAAUACAUGUAUAGAAAUGUAUGUACCGGUAGUUAAAAUUGCUUGUAACCCGCCAAUAGUCGACUGGUCGGCUUUUUAGCUGCUCUAACUUGACCGCGCGCUUUCAUGGUCGCUCAGGUGCAUUUCGUAAACAACUUCUUGUACAUUCUGCCCAACGUGGGGGUUGCAGUGGGGUUAGGAAAUGCCGCAAGUUCAGAUAGCGAUCCUGUCGGCAAGUUCAGACGAGUGAAAUUUUUCCUUUAAGAAGGAAGUCAAAAGCAUUUGUAUAUAAAACGCUGUGUGUUUGAUUGCAAUGACAGAAAUGUUUAUUUCUUCGAUUUCACCCUAUCAGGGUUCCUUCGCUGUCGACUAUACCGCAUUUCCACUGCGCAGUACCUGCUACCUUGUUUAGUCUCCCCCUUCAAAACUACAGUGCAGGGGGGGGAAAAUGCCCCUUUGAAGUCAUCGCUCGGAAUGACACAAAAAGAACGAAAGGUCUCCUGUGUUUUAUCCAGGAGGAGACUGCGGGCAGUAACAAAGCAGAGGGCUGCAGCAAAAUAGAGACUGGAGUAUACAGGUGCAUCUCAAUAAAUCAUAUAUUAUGCAAAAUUCUAUUUAUUUUGAUAGUUCAUUUCUAAAGUUGUUACUCAUUCAUUAAUGAGACACAAAGUAAAUAUUUUGUAAAUAGUUUCACUUUUUGAAUUGAACUAUUUUUACCAACACUUAUUGAGCCCUGGUGCAUAGUUUACACAUUAGGGAGAAAAAGAAAAUCCCAGAGCACACUCCCAAACAGAAAUGACUCAAAGGUUACUCUGCAUACAAUGAAUAAUGAUGAUUCAAUCUUAAUUUUCACAUAAAUCAACGAGUCUGCUUGUCACUAUACAUCAUUGGCAUAGAUCAGAGUUGUCCAAAGUCGGUCCUCAAGGGCAGCUGUCCUGCCCGUUUUCCAGCUCUCCAAGGAGCAACGCAUCUGAUUCAAAUCAUCAGGAUCGUUCUCAUGCUGCUUCAGAGCUGGCUGGUGAGCUGAUCAUCUGAAUCAGGUGGGUUGCAGCCGGGAGAGUUGGAAAACAGGCAGGAAAGUGGCUCUGUGGGCCCAGAGCUGGACAUGAUCGAUGAACUAAGAGAAUUUGUUGUGAAUAUUUUGUGAGCCAGUUGAGUGAAAUUUGCCCGGGGGCAUACCUGGAGGAUCUCGCAGCUCACCAGUUCUGAAUCCUUGCUCUUAAUUUAUUGAGUUGCACCGAUAGGAGAACUGCGGCAUCUUAAGGUAAGCUAACACAAGCACGUGUGUUCAAUUUUGGUGUUUCCCAAACAGUCACUCGUACACUAGCAGGCUAGCACACUUGGAAGUUGGAACUUCAGUUUACCAAGUACUGAAAUUUGAAAAAUGUCUAUUGUGUUUCGGUGCCGGGCAGUGGAAAAUGCAAAUUAGUAGGCUGAUCUUUUCAGUUUUGUCGUCACUAGAGAAGAUGUCAUUUAUCAACAUAAAAUUUGCAUUUUGAAGUAUAAUAUCCCCCCAAUAAUAAAAUCCUGGUUACAGUUUGACACUUUUUUGUGAGUGGGAAAAGUAUGAAGUCGCAGGACCAGGAAAACUUAAAUAAAACUCCUUCUAGGCCACAAAUAUAAAACUAUCAAAUGAAAAACUUAAGUACGGCAGUAUCUGAGUGUGUUUUUUUAGGGGUUGGGGGGCGAAUACAUUGAAGAGGUGAAAAGUUAAUAAAGCUUUAUUAUUUUCUUGGUAAAAACAGGUAGCCAUGUAAAAACCUUUAGCACAAUAUGCUAAGUAUGGUAGAUGGAAGCCUUUCAUUGCCAUCAUGUCAUUUCGAUUGUGAGAGGCAUGAGGAAUGAUCCAGGAGAUGCAAAGUAACACAUUAUGAUGGUACAGAAGGAAAUUGUGUAAUGAGUAGAUUGUUUUUUUUGGGGGGGGGGGGGGGGGUUAUUAUUUCCUUAUGUCACACAAGUUUUUUUUCUAUGCUGACAAGUUGAUCCAGUGAUUUGCUUUUGAGUGUUGACUGUCCUUUAAGUGGAUCGUCUUGCUUUACCGCUCUUCUGACAUGAGAUUUGAACAUGACUUUUGGACAUGUGAUCUAUUGCUAAUAAACAUUUGUGAAUGGAA